GAUGAAAAACGCGCACCGCUUACAAGAAGACUGGAGAGUCGACACCUAUUCCAACCACCGAGGACUCUGUCGACUUGUGAUUCGGGAUGCGACCCCUUCGGAUAGCGCAGUCUAUUCUUGUGUAAUAGAAAAUGAGAGUGGGAAAAAAGCAGCGACGACAAUGGUCCUUGUUCAAGAUGGAGCUGAUGAGAAUGGAAACAUAAAAGGAAUUACGUCUCGUUUGCUACUAAAUCAAGAAAUAACAGAAGAUUCUGACGAGAACAUAAAUAUCAAAAUCCAGGAGGAGUCGAACUUGAGUCGAUGGAGGCAUACUCAUGUCGGUCAUAAUCUAUAUACUGCUAACAGUAGAACUCCAAAACUCUAUCCUCGUUUUAAAGACGUCACAUCCGCUCUUCCGGGAAGACCUCUAGAUCCUCAAGUGUUUAAACAGGGAGUUACAUGGGUGACGCUGUCUUGGUCUCGCCCUCUGGUGGACGGUGGCAGUCCUAUUCUUGCGUACAAAAUUGAAUUUCGAGUACUUCAUUCGAAUCAGUGGCACGAAGUGGGCUUAUCACGAACCACUUUCCACGAUGUGCAUGGACUACGAGAAAAAAAAGCCUAUGUUUUUAGGAUUUCUGCGCAGAACAGAUUUGGCUGGGGACCUUCAGUAACCUUGACACGCCCCGUACUGAUAAGAUGACAGAAAUUUGGCUGUGAAUGUUCAUUCAUAAUGACACGUCGCGUACUUAUGUAAUGAAUGACAUGUGGCCGAAGAAGUUCAGUUCCUGUACUAAUGAAAUGACAAUCACUUUGACAUGUCACGUACUGUUGAGAUGACGGAUAUCGGACUGAAGAUUUUCAGUCAAAUUGACAUACCCCAUAAUGAUGAGAUGACGGCGUCUAAUUAAAGAUCUUUAGUCACCUUGACAUGACCUGUACUUGGGAGAUGACAGACAUCUGACUAAAGAUCUUUAGUCACCUUGACAUGACCUUAACGGAUGAGGUGACAGACAUCUGACUAGAGAUCUCCAAUCACCUUGAUAUGACCUUAACGGAUGAGAUGACAGACAUCUGACUAAAGAUCUUCAAUCACCUUGACAUGACCUGUACUUGGGAGAUGACAGACAUCUGACUAAAGAUAUUCAAUCAACUUGACAUGA